AUGACCCUGCAGCUGGACCUGCUUCGCUUCCCGUACCCGCGUCUCUUCUACGGCUCCGAGGACCACACCCUGAGCUGGACCGUGCUGCGCUUCGCCAUCGUUUUCUUCGUGCCCUUCAGCAUACUCGUCAAGAAGCUGGUGCGCGAGAAGCGCGUCGGCACCAGGGAAAUGCUACGCCGCGCGGGCCUGGGCGACGUCGCCUACUAUUUCGGCCACAUGUCCGAGUCAGGCUUCGUCAUCUUCGGCGCCAUCCUGCUGAUGUACGUGCCGCUGUUCGUGUACCGCAACGCCAGCGGCACGGCCUUCUUCGAGUACGUCAGCCCGUCGCUCUUCAUGUUCAUACUGUGCAUCGUCGGAAUGCAGACCAUCCUCAAUGCCAUGGUGCUCGCACAAUUUCUAUGGGAGCCCAGCGUUGCAUUCGCUGCGGCCGUUGUGUAUUGGCUCGCGAUUGGCCUGGUCCCGUACGCGAUCCUCCAGAACCCAUUCGGGCUCGGAUACUACCUUACCCCCAAAAUGGACAAGGUGGUCACGGCGAUCAGCCCUUGCAUGCUGCUGCACUGGGUCCUGCGGGCCAUCGAGCGCUUCGAGAAGUACCAGGUUGAUCUAACGUGGGAGAGCAUGAAGUACAACAGCACCACGCUGGACAACGUAGCCGUGAGCUGUUUGUGCGGCAUCGGCAUCGCCGAGGUGGUAGUCCUGGUGGGCGUCGUCAUCUUCCUGGACAACGUGGCACCCUGGGGAUACGGUGUGCGCAAGCCGCCCUACUACUUCCUAUCCAUCGACUACUGGUCUCUCUUCAGGAAGUGGAAUAUUAGAAGCGUCGUGCCGCCCGCUGUCAAUCCGGAUUACUUUGAGCCUCCACCCAGGAGCAUUGACCCCGUUGUGAACAUCCUCGACUUGUGCGCGAAGAAGAAAGGCUGCAGCGACCUGAAGGGUAUCAACCUGACCAUCUAUAAGAAGCAGCUCACGGUCAUCCUCGGGCCUCACGACUCCGGUCAUUCGACACUUCUGGACGUUCUCACCGGCAUGAUAGCACCGACCAGCGGCACGGCGUACAUAUGCAAUUAUGACGUCAGAAGCCUCUCGAACGUGACGUGGGACUUCACGAGCGUCUGCCCACAGGAGAGCGAGCUCUUCGACGACCUGACCGUCGAGGAAAACAUUACGUACUUCAUACGCCUCCGCGGGGUCUUGGUGAACAACGAGUCGAACUACUUGGAACCGCUUCUGGUGUCGCUGUACCUGAAACAGCACAGAGACACCCUGUUGUGCCACCUGUCGCCUCACUUCAAGCGGGCCGUGUGCAUCGCCAUCGCAUUCUCCGUCUACGCGAACUUCUCCCUAGUGAUCGUGCCCGAGCCGUCCAGGCAGAUGGACCCCCGAGGCCGGAACCACGUGUGGGAAACGCUGGCGCAGAUGGCCGAGGUCAGCAGCGUGCUCGUGACCACGACGAGCAUCCAGGAGGCCGAGAGGAUCGCCGACCGGCUCAUCGUGAUGCGCGAAGGCCGCAUCGUGUGCGACGGGUCGCCCUCGUGGCUGAAGAAGAACCUCGACUCCGGAUUCUUUCUGCGCCUCACUCGGCUCUCAAACUUCAAUGAAGAGGACGUGAAGCGUAUCGUGCGGCAUUACAUGGGACCGGUGGAGCCCAGGCGCGUCACCAAGCUGGACGUGGUGUUCAACUUGAGCGAUAUUCCCGAGAAGACCCAGAAGAUGACUACCAUGCUUCAGUACCUGGAGAAGAGGCGCUCUCUUUUGGGCAUCGCAGUCAUGAGCCUGUCGUACUGCACGCUCGAGGACGUCUACAUCAAGAUGGUGACUGGCGCUAAUGCGAAGGACAAGCUGGACAUCGGCGACGGCGCGUUUCGACUGGCGUCGGAGAAAGAUGACGCGGAUAAGAAAAAGCGAGAUUUGCAGGCCGUGAAGCAGCUGUGCGCGGCGCGGUCUUCGAAAGCCGGCUCCCUGUCCGUGCUGUGGACUCUGCUGAGAAAGCGGGCGCUGCUCUGGGGACGCGUCUGGUGGACCGUGCCGUUCUCGUUCGGCAUUCCCGUGGCGUGCAUGUUGUUGCUCGUGCUGAGCGAGCGAUAUCUUCUGCCACGGAGGGAGCCAAAUGGUGGCGCCUUCAUCUACAAGCCAGAGCGCAUCUUCGGCGUCUCGUACGGAUUCAUCGAGAGCGACAAUGCGAGCAAGAACUUCGGGGACAAUGUGUUGCUGCCGCUGCUUUCCGAACACUCGGUACAAGCUUUCGCACCGACGAGCAAGUUCGUCGAACGAGAGCUGCUUUUCUGGGCCGAGACGGACUUGUACACUUACCUCUACGAGUACAAGUUCGGAAUAAGCGUCUUUGAGAACAGGGGGUUGUACGUUUGGUUCAACGGCCAGUGCCCGCCCAGCGCCGUGAUUGGGGUGAACCUGCUUCAUACUGCGCUGCUGAGGAACCUAACGGGCAGCAAGAACUCCAGCAUGACGCUGGUCAACUGGCCUCCCGUGAGCAGCGACCUGGUAGCGAAGGUGGAGUUCGAAGGGCUCUACGGAAAGCUCGCGCUCAAGGACGGCCGCGAGACUCUGGGACACGAGACGGAACUGUUCCCGACACGCAAUUUCCUGACGCGCGUGCUGUACGCCUUCUUCCUGUCGCUGGCGAUGAGCUUCCACGCGGCGAGCCAUGUCUUCGUCCCGAUGGUCGAGUCGGCCAGCGGCUUGCGGCACAUGCAGAUCAUGACCGGCAUGACGGGCAUCAUGUACUGGACGGGACACUUUGUCUUCGACAUGUUCAUGGCCGUCUGCAACAGCAUCGUGCUCGUCUUUAUCCUGUUCAUCACGCACAGCGACAUCGCCCCACCUUACCACCUGGCCAUCCUGGCUCUGUUCAUUGCAAAUUCGUUCGCGAGCCUGCCGCUUGCCUACCUGUUCUCCAAGCUCUUCAGCGAGCCGAGCUUGGCCUUCUCAUGUAUGGUUCUUGGCCUGUUCCUCGCUGGCAUAGUUGGUUCCUUAGGCGUGGAGAUAUUGGACGUGCUCGUUCAAGAAGACCCGUCGGCGGCUGCCACGGCGGUGCUGUUCGUCUGGGGCUACGUGUGCCGUUGGUUCCCGACGUACACUCUGGUGCGGGGCGUCGUGAAGGUCGUCCUGUUGUCCAGGCUGAACGCCAUCUGUCUCGCUGGCGGUGAACUGCUCGCCGAGGCGUGCAGCGACGUGCAGUACUCUUGGGAUGACAGGAUAUCGGGCUGCUGCGAAGCCCUGUGGCACAACACGACGGCGACGCUGGUUCAGCCCUUGCAGCCGUUCCCCGAAACCGGUUUCUACGAGUUCCUCAGCAUGAUGGCCCAGGGCAUGCUGUACAUCGCCGUGCUCGCGCUGGUCGACUCGCGUCUUCUUUUCAGCCUCAGAUGGUAUCUGGCUCGCCGCCUUCAGGGCAGCGAGCAACCGGUCGAGUCGGCCGAGCAGCGCGGACCUCGACUCGUUGCCGUCUCCAUGGACGCCGACGUCGAGCAUGAGGUGAACCUCGUGAACAAGGUGUGCCACACUCGGGCCUUCGACAAUAUCGCCAUUGCUGUCCGUAGCCUGGAGAAGAUCGUCGGAUUUGUGAAGCCGGUGAAACUGGUGGACGGGGUGAGCUUUCUCUUGAAGAAGGGUGAAUGCCUGAGCGUGGUCGGCAUCAACGGCAGCGGCAAGACCACGUUACUGGAGACCCUGGUCGGCAUACGCGUGCCCACCGACGGCGAUGCGUACACGUCCGCCCUGACGCUGGUCACCGACAUUCGCGGCUGGCAGCGGGGCAUCGGGUACGCGCCGGACGGCAUCUCCAAGGAGACCAUGCCGGCGCUCACCGUGGGCGAGAUCCUGGAUACUGUGGCCAGACUGCGAGGCGUCGUCCAGAGACGCCAGGCUGUGACGAGCGCCCUCGCACUUACCGGAAGGCUCCGCGAGGACCAGAUGGCCAACGAGUGCAGCCGUGGUGAGCUGAAGAUGCUGCUGAUCGCUUGCGCCGCCAUAGGCGUUCCUCCUGUGAUGCUGGCGGACGAGCCGUACACAGACGUGGAACCGCUGUACCGCAACGACAUCAUCCACAUGCUUCAGCUGCUCAAGGACAGCCAGGUCAUAUCGCUAGUCUCGACUUCGCACCGUGGCACUGGAAACGGCAUCACUGGUGGCCGCGGAUGA